AUGCUAACCGCCGAAGUGAUCGUCGCCGUCGUGACAACCUGCUGCUGCAUGGUUUUGGGCACCUCACCGACUUCCAGCGAAAAUCUCGACCUGGGAACCUCUAUUUUCUAUAUUAACUUUUAUCCUAUCGUACUUCUCAUCCAGCUCUUCAGGCAUGGAGACCGGACACCCGCCGCCCCCUAUCCCAACGAUCCUUGGGGCAACGAAUCCUUUUGGCCUGUGCCCUUCGGGGAACUGACUAACAUUGGAAAAUGUCGGCAGCUCGAGCUCGGUCGUUGGUUUAGAAAGCGUUACUCGCAUUUUCUGCCAGACCGUUAUAGUCCAAAUGAUAUAUAUGUACGAAGUACGGACAUCGACAGAGCGCUGAUGUCCGCAGAGGCUGCUUUGGCUGGUCUUUAUCCACCUAAAGACGAUCAAGUCUGGGAUCAACUUAAUUGGAUGCCUAUACCUGUCCAUACUACACCCGUAUUUGAGGACAGCCUGCUGGCGAGCAGAAAAUACUGCCCAAAAUAUGAGAAGGAGUUGCACAAUGUAUUGAACUCUCCUCCUAUCCAAAGAAUUAAUGAGGAUAACAAAGAGCUGUACGAUUAUUUGAGCGAAAAAACUGGUACUUUAGUUAAAUCUGUCAAAGACGUUAGCAGUAUAUAUGAUACGCUUCUCGUUCAGGAUCUCUUCAACUACAUAUUGCCGGAGUGGACAAGAUCCGUAUAUCCAGAUAAAUUAAAACCUCUGGCGGAUGUCAGUUUCACUAUACAAGCUUACAAUAAAAUACUCCAAAGAUUGAAGUCAGGGCUAUUAUUAGGUGAAAUCGUAGAUCAUUUAGUAAGCAAAUCGAAAAAUACGCUAUUCCCGAAUAGGAAAAUAUGGAUGUACAGCGCUCACGAUACCACAGUCGCAAACUUAUUAAUGACGUUAAAUUUGUUCGAGCCACACGUUCCUCUGUAUGCGGCGACUGUCCUCGUAGAAUUGAGAGUGAACUCAUUGGGAAAAUAUGUUGUGACGAUUUCGUACAAAAGUACGUCCGAUGAACCGAGGCUGUUAGCUUUGCCAGGCUGUGCGGUCGCGUGUCCAUUAACUAAAUUCGUAACAUUGACUGAAGAUGCAAUCCCAACAGAUUGGGCAAAGGAAUGUCUUUUAAACAGCGCAAAUCACAAACAUCAAUAA